AUGGCAGUAAAACUACGGUACCAUAGACACCUGGUUGUAGAACUACGAUACCAUAGACUCCUGGUUGUAGAACUACGGCACGGUAGACACCUGGUUGUAGAACUACGGUACCGUAGACACCUGGUUGUAGAACUACGGUACCGUAGACACCUGGUUGUAGAACUACGGCACGGUAGACACCUGGUUGUAGAACUACGGUACCGUAGACACCUGGUUGUAGAACUACGGUACGGUAGACACCUAGUUGUGGAACUACGGUACCGUAGACACCUAGUUGUGGAACUACAGUACCAUAGACACCUGGUUGUAGAACUACGGUACCAUAGACACCUGGUUGUAGAACUACGGUACGGUAGACACCUGGUUAUAGAACUAUGGCACGGUAGACACCUAGUUAUAAAACUACGGUACCAUAGACACCUGGUUGUAGAACUACGGGGCGGUAAACAUCUGGUUGUAGAACUACGGCACGGUAGACACCUGGUUAUGGAACUACGGUACCGUAGACACCUGGUUGUAGAACUACGGCACGGUAGACACCUGGAUGUAGAACUACGGUACCGUAGACACUUGAUGGUUGUAGAACUACGGUACCGUAGACUUCUGGUUGUAGAACUACGGUACGGUAGACACCUGGUUAUAGAACUAUGGCACGUUAGACACCUAGUUGUGGAACUACAGUACCAUAGACACCUGAUUGUAGAACUACGGCACGGUAGACACCUAGUUGUGGAACUACAGUACCAUAGACAACUGGUUGUAGAACUACUGGGCGGUAAAGCACCUGGUUGUAGAAGUACGUUAUGUAUAGCAGUAGAAAUUGAGCUAGCAUUUCCUUGGGAGGUAGAAGAGUUUCAAGAUGGGCUGUUUCAAUUGAACUAUUUGCCACCUAGAGGUUAUCCUGCAACAAACUUCACAUUCGUUGCUGAAGAAGCAGCUGGUGGUAUUGUGAUAAGUGAUGCUCAACCUGGAACAGAAUAUACCUUUUAUUUGUAUUAUACUAAUUCAUCUUUUGUCAGCUGGUUGUUAUGGUCAUCUAUUAUAACAACAGAACCAGAUCCUCCCACUAGUUUAUCUGUUAAGCCUUUUUCGGGGAAAAUAGUCGACCUCACCUGGGCUCCACCAGCAGAUGGAGGAUAUAGUGGCUAUCAAAUGACUAUCAUUCCAUUGUCUGAGCAGGAUACUACCCGAAUACGCAACAUUCAACUUGAUAAGGACCCUACUCCUUUCAGAUUAAGAGAUCUUACUCCUGGUGGCACAUAUGAAAUUCAACUUUAUUCUGUGUUCAAGAAUCGUGAAUCAUCAAUAUUUGUUGCUACCAACUUUACAACAAAACCAAGUACGCCUGGAAGGUUCAUUGUAUGGUUUAGAAAUGAAACCACUCUUUUGGUGCUUUGGCAACCUCCAUAUCCAUCAGGAAUCUUUGAUCAGUAUCGUGUUAGCAUCAAACCUGAUGAUGCUGUGCAAGCAGUGUUAUAUGUAGAUAAAGAAGGUGAGCCACCUGGGCCAGCACAGGCAGCUUUUAAUGGACUUGUUCCCGGAAGAGCUUACAACAUCUCAGUUCAGACUGUUAGUGAAAGUGAAAUCAGUGCCCCAACAGAGGCUGAGUACCGAACAGUUCCCCUUCCACCCACGAAUGUGACAUUUGACUCAAAAACGCUGACACCAUACUCUAUUGAUGUUUUAUGGUCUCCUCCAAAAUCAUUGUCAGAAUUUGAUCGCUAUCAAAUUUCCAUGGGUUUAAGAACUGCUAUAAGGCAUGUUGUUAAGAAGGAAGAAGAGAGAAUGGCUUCAUUUGAUAAUGGAUUAGAACCUGGCAAAACAUAUGAAAUUGAUGUGAAGACUGUUAGUGGUACAGUUGCAAGUUGGCCAAUUAUGACCAAUGUCACCACAAGGCCAUUACCUGUUGUAGGAUUAAGCACAAUGUUAGGAAAACCUGGAGAAAUUGUAAUAGAAUGGGAGGUAAACAAUAACAGUACUCAAGAUUCCUUUCUUCUCAAAUACCAAGAACUUGAGGCCUUUAAUAGUGACGGAAGUGUUGAAGUUAUUCAAGAGAUGCGGUACCGUGUGACCAAUCUACUGUCUGGGAGAAAUUACUCUAUUAGUGUUGUUGCUGUGAGUAAAGGUGUUCAUAGUGAAGUCAGCCUUGUUUAUCAAGCUACAAUGCCUGCAUCACCUGUAAUUGAACUUCUAGAGCCACUUAGUGCAGGAUUUAAUGUUUCCUGGAAAUCUGAUGUUACUAGUCGUCAAGACUCGUACAUAGUUGUUUACAGUCGUAACGACACUGGUCACAAAGAAGAAGAGACUACCAGUAAUCAUUGGCUAGUUCUGAGCAACUUGUAUCCUGGUGCUACAUACAAUAUUAAAGUCUAUGCUCUGAGUUAUGGGCUGAAAAGUGAACCUCACUCUUACUUUCAGACUGUUUAUCCUAAGCCACCAGAAAAACUGCAAAUUGUAAAAGCCAAUAAUUCUACUAUGAUUUUGACAUGGAAAGCUCCAUCAAACUCUCUAGUUGAUCACUACACUGUCCGUUACAGACCAGUUGAUUCUAGUUUUUGGAGAGAAAUAGGAAUUGUAAAUACCACUUCUUGUGAAAUACGAAAUUUAGUAGCUGGAGAACAUUAUAUUAUAAGAGUUACUUCUGUCAGUAACCGUGUUGAAAGCAAAGCUGUAAGGGAAAUGGAACAGUCUGUCUAUCCUAAUGCCAUUAAACAUGUACGUCAUAUCUUGGAUUCCCAUAAUGUUACAUUUGAAUGGAUUGCCCCUCAAGGAAGAGUGGAUUACUACAUUAUUGUCUACAAUGCAGUACAAAAUCCUUCGGCUCAGCAUUCACGGCAGAUACCUGCUAAUGAAACACAAGGAGAAACAGUAAAUGUGAUUGUUGAAAAUUUAAAACCUGGAGAACUAUAUUCUGUCAACUUCUAUGCCGUCAGUAAUAACUUACGAAGUGAAGGGAUUGGAAUCCAAACACGUACAAUGCCUGUCAUUGAUUCAGUAAUAAAUAUUGUAACUGAUGAACACGAGACACAGACAUUGGGUAUCAAAUACACCCCAACUCCCGUAAGAAAUGUGGUGUUUGACAGAUACCGUUUCCAGCUUAGUGACUCAAUAGUGCCAGCCCAAGAAAAACUUUACAAUGACACAAAUCGAUUGGUGAUCUUUGAUAACCUUGUUCCUGGCAGGCUAUACAAUAUAACAAUUUGGACUGUAAGUGGAGGAGUGUAUAGUGUUCCCAUUUACAGACAAGCUCGGCUCUACCCAGAGAGUAUACAAGAAAUCACCACCAGUAGCAUCUAUGAUACAAGUAUUAACCUAAUUUGGGAAGUACCUGUUGGUGACAAAGAUGCCUAUGAAGUACAGUAUCUUGAUGACAAAGGAAUGCUUCAACAAAAUAUAACAUUUCUGGAAGAAAUAAAGUACACUCAUCUACGCCCUCAUCAUAAUUACACCUUCGUAGUGACAGUAAUCAGUGGAUAUGGUACUUCAACUGCUCGACGUAGUCUGCCAUUGUCUAGGACAUUUCAGACUCAAGAAUCAAUUCCAGGAAAAGUUCACUUGUUCAAGUCCAUUGAUGUCAGACCCUCAUCAAUAACACUUCAGUGGUCUCUUCCUGCAAAUGAUCAGAAUGGGGUUCUCACUGGAUUCAAAGUAUCUUACUAUUCUAAGGGAUCAACUGAUAUUCGUUAUCAUACAUUCAGUCCAACAGAAAACUUUGGUACCAUUCAUCACCUCCUUCCAGGAAAAAAUUACAAGUUUGAGAUUCAAGCACUUACACAGAUUGGUCCAGGGAACAAAGUUUCCUAUGAGAAAACCAUGCCUAUUUGGGCACCUCCUUCACCCCCUAAUAGUGUAUUUCCCACUAUUAUUAGCCACACCUCAACAACAAUAAGAGUCAAGUUUCGUAAGAACUUUUUCUCAAAUGCACAUGGUCCCAUCACUGCAUACACAUUGAUUGUUGCUGAAGAUACCAGUUCAGAGAUAAACAGUUGGGAGCUACCAUCUUGGGCAGAUGUCCAGACUUAUUCCUCUUGGCCUCCAUAUCAGGUCUCAGAACCUUAUCAACCUUUCAACAACAGUUUUGUGGAAGACUUCACAAUAGGGAGUGUAGAUUGUUCAGGAGUAGCAGGGUAUUGUAAUGGACCCCUGAAAGCAGGAGCUACAUAUCAAGUCAAACUCCGAGGUUACACAACACCUGAAAAGUUUGCAGAUACUAUUUACUCUCAUCCCAUUCAAACAGAUCCUGACAAUACUGCACUGAUUGCUGGAAUUCUUGUUCCUCUUUCGUUAUUGAUUGUUACGGCUGUUAUUCUCAUUGUUUUACGCAAGCGGCAACUUGGACCUUUUUUAAGAAAGAACAAUGCCAUCAGUGGAAAAGAAGAUGCUCUAUCAAUCCCUGAAAGUGAAAUCAUAACAAGCCGUCCCAUCAAGCUAAGGGAUUUCGCUGAACAUUAUAGAUUAAUGUCUGCAGAUUCUGACUUCCGAUUCUCAGAGGAGUUUGAGCUUUUGAAGCAUGUUGGACGUGACAAACCUUGCACUGCUGCAGACUUACCAGUCAAUAGACCAAAAAAUCGCUUUACCAACAUUCUUCCAUAUGAUCACUCACGUGUCAAAUUACUUCCUACAGAUGAUGAAGAAGGAUCUGACUAUAUCAAUGCUAACUACAUUCCUGGAUACAAUUCUCCUCGUGAGUUUAUAGUCAGCCAAGGGCCACUUCACAGCACUAGGGAUGAUUUCUGGAGAAUGGUUUGGGAACAAAACUCUCGAGCUAUUGUUAUGCUCACCCGUUGUAUAGAGAAAGGACGAGAGAAGUGCAAUCAUUAUUGGCCGUUUGAUACACAGCCUGUAUACUAUGGAGAUAUUCAGGUUACCAUUCUUAACGAGUCUCAGUAUCCUGAUUGGACAGCGUCUGAAUUCCGAGUCUCUAGGGGUGAUCAGUCUCGCAUAGUCCGUCAUUUACAUUUCACCACAUGGCCAGACUUUGGAGUUCCUGAUCCUCCUCAGACACUCGUGAAGUUUGUCCGUGCCUUCAGAGAACGUGUAGUUCCAGACAACAGACCUGUACUUGUGCAUUGCAGUGCUGGUGUUGGAAGAUCAGGAACCUUCAUUGCUCUUGACAACAUUCUGCAACACAUUCAGAAGCAUGACUAUGUAGAUAUCUUUGGUUUGGUGUAUGAGAUGAGGAAAGAGAGAGUUUGGAUGGUACAGAAUGAGCAACAGUACAUCUGCAUCCAUCAGUGUUUAUUGUGCGUGUUAGAAGGAAAGGAGGACAUGAUUGAUCCACCCAAUAGACCAGCAGCUCAUGAUAAUCAGGGUUUUGAAGAUGAUGAAGGAAUAGCUGAAUCAGGGAUGUAGAAUGUGACUCAUUGUCUUUCUUGUAUUAAUGAAGAAAACUCACAAAUGCCUUUAAACUAUACCAUUCCAUGCAUAAUAACUUUGUUGGUCUAUGAGUAGGCUAUGUAUAUCUUCUUGCUGAUUGUUUGUGGCCGUAUUAUGGUUAAAUAGUAUAAAAUAUGCUAGAUAUAAAUGCUCCAUUUAACUUGUAUAUAUGAACUGUUUGCAAUUAACGUA